AUGGUGGAAACAGCUUUCCAAUCCGAGGCACAAUGGCUGUCUCAAAUGGCCGCCAUGAGAGAGGCCAUCGCGGAGUUGAAGUUGCCUCCGUUCAACGAUGCCUCGCAGCUGUACGGAGCCGACCUUGACCUGGACCAAGAGUUGAGCGACGACAUCGAUGAUGAUAUUUGGGAUGUCGAAAGCUCACUGGCCGAAAGUCCUCCCAGCGACAUCUUUGAUGAGACCGCCAAUGGGUUCAAAAUCCCGGAUGCUGUUGACGGCGUCUUUGACAGUUCCUGGCUGCGGAGCAGAUGUGAUGCCUUUGCACGCGCAAGGUCUGGCCUUGAUGCUUCUGAUCUCGAACAGCAAAUCAUAGCUCUCCUCGCUUCAGACAGCUCCGACGACGAGUUGCAAAUGUCACUCGCCGAGAUUGUUGGCUACGAUGCUCUCGACUUUGUCAUCGAGCUCAUCUCACAUCGCAGAGCCAUCUUGACUGCACCCACUUCUUCCACCCGUCAAACAGAUGGACUCUUUGGACAGCUGGAGACUCGUCAACAACGGGAAGCCUCCCUGAGACGUCAAGAUCAUGAGCAUAAACAUACUUCUCUUGCUCCUGCUUACGACCGCAGUGAACGAAAAUACCCCCACGUCUACAAGUCUGACACAGCCGCUUCUGGAAACAUGCUCGAUGUCUCUGGGAAGCGAUACGGCUUACCCAUGGGCAGCACCAGGAACGAUUACCCCAAGUAUGAGGAAUUCAGUAUACCUGCCUCAAAGGUUGGUUCGCUGGCUGCAGGCCAGAAACUAGUGAACAUUGCCGAAAUGGACGCGCUUUGUCAACGUACGUUCAAGGGAUACAAGAGUCUCAACCGCAUGCAGAGCCUGCUGUAUCAAGUUGCAUACACAACCUCGGAAAACAUGUUGAUCUGCGCCCCAACGGGCGCCGGUAAGACAGAUGCUGCCAUGCUCACAAUCUUGCAGGCAAUCUCUAAGAAUGUCGUCCCAAAUCCUCUUGAAGAGCCCACUGCCACUGACUUCACCGUCAUGGCUGAUGAUUUCAAAAUUGUAUAUGUCGCCCCGAUGAAAGCUCUUGCAGCCGAGGUGACGGAAAAGUUGGGGAAACGUUUGGCAUGGCUGGGGAUCCAAGUACGAGAGUUGACAGGCGAUAUGCAACUCACUAAGCGCGAGAUUGCUGCCACCCAGAUCAUUGUUACUACGCCCGAGAAGUGGGAUGUUGUCACUCGAAAGAGUACGGGCGACACGGAACUUGUACAGAAGGUCCGACUUCUCAUUAUCGAUGAAGUACAUAUGCUCCACGACGAUCGGGGUGCUGUCAUUGAGUCACUGGUGGCCCGGACCGAAAGACAGGUCGAAAGCACCCAGUCGAUGAUUAGGAUUGUCGGUCUGUCCGCCACCCUCCCAAACUAUGUCGAUGUUGCAAAGUUUCUCAAGGUCAACCUCAAUGCCGGGCUGUUCUACUUCGACGCCUCUUUUCGACCUGUUCCACUCGAGCAACAUUUCAUCGGUGUCAAAGGCAAAGUUGGAAGUAAAACUCAAAGAGAGAACCUUGACCAUGUGACUUUCGAAAAGAUUAAAGAAGUCUUGAAACAAGACAAGCAGAUCAUGGUCUUCGUCCACUCGAGAAAAGAUACUGUCUUGACUGCUCGAACACUGUACAGCAUGGCGGUCGAUGAUGGGUGUGUGGAGCUCUUCGUCCCCAGUCCGGACAGUCCGGCGUAUUCGAAAGCCAUGACAGACUUGAAGAUGACACGCGGCCGUGAGCUUCGUGACAUCGUACCCAAAGGGUUUGGUUGCCACAAUGCCGGCAUGGCACGUACUGAUAGGAAUUUCGUGGAAAGAAUCUUCUCCGAUGGUGCUAUUAGAGUCCUCUGCUGCACUGCAACUCUGGCAUGGGGCGUCAACCUUCCUGCUGCGGCAGUCAUCAUCAAAGGAACCCAGAUUUAUAGUGCUGAAGCUGGGAAGUUUGUUGAUCUGGGCAUUCUGGACGUGCUGCAGAUUUUCGGUCGAGCAGGUCGGCCUCAGUUCCAGGACAGCGGUAUUGGCUACAUCUGCACUACCCAGGACAAGUUGCAGCAUUACUUGUCCGCGGUCACCCAGCAAAGGCCUAUAGAGUCGAGGUUUUCCCAAAAGUUGGUCGACAAUCUCAACGCCGAAAUCAGUCUGGGAACAGUAACAUCGGUGCAAGAAGGCGUCACCUGGUUGGGCUACUCGUAUCUCUUUGUUCGCAUGAGACAAAAACCCGAGGCCUACGGGAUCGACUGGAAUGAGUAUCAAGACGACCCUCAGCUUUUUCAACGUCGACGCAAACUCAUUGUCGACGCCGCUAGAAUUCUGCAUCGAAGUCAGAUGAUCAUUUUUAACGAACGCACCGAUGAACUUAGGGCUAAAGACGUGGGCCGAAUCGCCAGUCAAUUCUACGUGCUUCAAAACAGCAUUGAGAUCUUCAAUACCAUGAUGCGACCGCAUGCGAGUGAGGCGGACGUGUUGAAGAUGAUCAGCAUGAGUGGCGAGUUUGACAAUAUCCAGUCCAGAGAGAACGAAGCCCAGGAACUACAUCGGUUGCGUCAAGAAGCUGUGGCGUGCGAGGUUGAGGAGAGAAGAGAUACGCCGCAGAGCUCAAAGGACGAGAAAGAGAAGAGAGUGAUCGAGAAUCAUGCUAAAACCAAUAUCCUGCUCCAGUCACAUAUCUCUAGAGCGAAGCUCGAGGAUUUCGCUCUGGCCUCAGAUUUGGCAUAUGUCGCGCAGAAUUCUGCCAGGAUAUGUCGCGCCUUGUUCAUGAUUGCUCUCAACCGCGGCUGGGGCUACCAAUGUCAGGUGCUGCUCUCAAUGUGUAAAGCUAUCGAGAAGCAGAUUUGGCCUUUCCAACACCCCUUCCAUCAAUUCGAUUUGCCUCUUUCAGUGCUCAAGAACUUGGACGAGAAAGCACCGUCCUCCAACAUUGAAUCUCUACGAGAGAUGGAGCCCGCAGAGAUUGGCAACCUUGUCCACAACCAUAAGAUGGGCAACACCAUAUCAAAGCUGCUCGAUAACUUCCCGACCCUGUCUGUCGAGGCUGAAAUAGCCCCGCUCAACAGGGACGUGCUCCGAAUGAGGCUGUACCUCUACCCAGAGUUUGUCUGGAAUGAUCGUCAUCAUGGCACCUCCGAAUCGUACUGGGUUUGGGUCGAAAACUCGGAGACUGCAGAAAUCUAUCAUCAUGAGUACUUCAUCCUCAGUCGCAGGAAGAUGCACGACGACCACGAGCUCAACUUUACAAUACCUCUGGCCGACCCACUACCCUCACAGAUCUAUGUUCGAGUCAUAUCCGACCGAUGGCUAGGUGCAGAAACCGUCCAACCGGUCUCCUUUCAACAUCUUAUUCGUCCAGACACGGAGAGCGUCUACACUGACUUGCUCGACUUGCAGCCACUUCCUAUCACUGCCCUGAAGAACCCUCAGCUUGAGGAACUGUAUGGCCAACGUUUCCAGUUCUUCAACCCGAUGCAGACCCAGAUCUUCCACACCCUCUAUAACACUUCAAAUAAUGUGCUCUUAGGCUCCCCUACAGGCUCAGGCAAGACUGUGGCCGCCGAGCUUGCAAUGUGGUGGGCAUUCCGUGAAAACCCUGGAAGCAAAGUGGUCUAUAUUGCCCCUAUGAAAGCCUUGGUCCGCGAGAGAGUCCAAGACUGGCGCAAGCGACUGGCGCUACCGUUGGGCCUGAAGCUCGUUGAGCUGACUGGUGAUAAUACUCCAGAUACUAGGACCAUCCGGGAUGCUGAUAUCAUCAUCACCACCCCGGAAAAGUGGGAUGGCAUUUCCCGAUCGUGGCAAACCAGAUCCUACGUUCGACAGGUUUCACUGGUGAUUAUUGAUGAAAUCCACCUUCUGGGUGGCGACCGUGGACCAAUUCUCGAAAUCAUCGUCUCUCGAAUGAAUUAUAUUGCAACCCAAGCAGAGACUGGCUCCAUCCGGCUGGUUGGAAUGUCCACCGCGUGCGCCAAUGCCACUGACUUGGCCAACUGGUUGGGGGUGAAGCCAGGAAACAACCAGGGUCUCUUCAAUUUCCGUCACAGUGUUCGCCCGGUCCCGUUGGAAAUAUAUAUUGAUGGUUUCCCAGAACAGCGGGGUUUCUGUCCUCUGAUGCAGAGCAUGAAUCGACCGACAUAUCUGGCCAUCAAGAACCACAGUCCAGACAAGCCUGUCAUUGUCUUUGUGGCGUCCAGAAGACAGACACGUUUGACCGCCAAAGAUUUAAUCAACUAUUGUGGGAUGGAGGAAGAUCCGCGGAGGUUCUUGCAUUUCGAUUCGGAGGAUGACUUCCAACAUACGCUCGCCGCGGUCAAAGAUGCGGCUCUCAAAGAAGCAUUGAGCUUUGGCAUAGGUCUGCAUCAUGCCGGGUUAGUUGAAUCUGACCGGACAUUGGCCGAACAAUUAUUUGCGGCGAACAAAAUUCAGAUACUUGUUGCUACCUCGACGCUGGCUUGGGGAGUUAAUCUUCCCGCUCAUCUCGUCGUUGUCAAGGGCACCCAAUACUUUGAUGCAAAGAUUGAGGGUUACAAGGACAUGGAUCUCACUGAUGUGCUCCAAAUGCUCGGACGAGCCGGUAGGCCACAGUUCGACACGUCAGGUAUUGCUCGUAUAUUCACGCAAGAUUCCAAGAAGGCAUUCUACAAACACUUCCUGCAUACAGGUUUCCCGGUGGAAAGUUCUCUUCACAAAGUCCUGGACAACCAUCUGGGAGCCGAGGUGUCUGCCGGCGUCAUCACCACCAAACAAGACGCUCUGGACUAUUUGACUUGGACAUUCUUCUUCCGCCGUCUUCAUAAGAAUCCAACCUACUACGGUCUGGAGAUCUCGGAGGAGGAGCACAAAGAUAAUCAGACGCUAGCGAGACAGCAAGCUGCAGAUUACAUGGUUUCCAUGGUCGACAAGUCGCUGGAUGACCUUGCUGAGAGUGAUUGUGUUCUUGUCCACAGCAACGGCGACGUUGAUAGCACGCCGUUUGGCAAAAUCAUGUCCUACUACUAUCUCAGCCAUUUGACGAUUCGCACAUUCUUGUCUAGGGCUCGCAAAGUCCCGAGCACCACCUUUGCGGACGCACUGGCAUGGAUCAGCCUUGCUACCGAGUUCGACGACCUCCCCGUUCGACACAAUGAAGACCUCAUCAACGCCGAAUUGGCGAAGAACCUUCCCCUCGACACCCUCGGUCUGCUGGACGGCUUACCUAUGUGGGACCCUCAUGUCAAAGCCUUCCUUCUCAUCCAAGCGUUCAUGUCUCGAGUUGAACUCCCCAUCAGCGACUACGUUGGCGACCAGAUCUCUGUCUUGGACCAAGGCAUCCGUAUCAUUCAAGCCGGCAUCGAUGUCAUGACAGAACUCAACAAGUUCGAUGCUGUCGUCCAGAUGAUACGGUUGCUUCAAUGCAUCAAAAGCGCCCGUUGGCCCGAAGAUUACCCUCUCAGCAUCCUACCAGGCGUUUCUGAAAUCUUGGACCCCAAGCUUGACGGGAAAGUGCCCAAAGACCUCAACACCACGGCAGUACUGGCCAGUAGACAUGGGACAAAGACAAUUGAGGGGCUGAUGAAUACAUUGGGAAUCAGAAUUCCAAAUGUCCGCGCGCAGUUCGGCAAAGCUGCUAAUGCACUGCCUGAUAUCACUUUGACUUCCAACGGGAAUACGGAGCUCUUACAGUUGACGAUGAAGCGUGGUAACCGACUUCUCGACGCCGAGGCCAGGAUUUACGCGCCUAAGUUCCCCAAGCCGCAGACGGAGGGGUAUCUUGCUCUUGUUCUUCCUACCGGGCGACAGGGUGAUAUCCUAGCGUUGAAGAGGGCGAACUGGGCGACAAUGAAGAACAAACAAGGGGCUCGUCAGAACAGGGCUGUGGAGGUUAGCAACAUCAAGCUGAAGAUUCCAGUCUCAGAAGCUGCAACUUAUGAUGGAAGGUCAAGCACAAUCGGGGGAGAGGUCGAGGUGAAUAUUGUCGUCAUGAGUGACGCCUAUCCUGGGAUGGAAUGGCGAUUGGACAGGGUCAAGGUGCCGAUUGCGAAGCCUGAAAGCGUGGAGACGGUUGAGGUAGGAGUAGAUGAGAGUCUGCAGAAGAAGAACCAGCAGCAGCAAGGAUGA